CAUCCCAUCUCUGAACUCAUCGUUCGUUUCGAAACAAUUUGUUUGCAAAGUAUUCACUGACUUUGCGCUAAGUUUUCAAAUAUUUUUUCGACUUUCAUUUCACUUUCGUUUUGUGCGAAAUAAAUAUUAUAAAAAUAUAAUAACAUUUGAAUUCAUGUGAAAUUUAUUUUGAUUUUCAGUCGUUCAACACAUAUAAUAAAAGGGGUUUUAAUACAUCUUAUGAUUUCUACAAAUCUUUAUUCGAGUGAUAAUAAUAAUAAUAGCAAUAAUAAUAAUCACAUCGAAAUGUCACUGAAUUUAAGUGAGAGUCGGGUGAGGGCUAUAUUUCGCGGGUCAGACGCCGUGUGCUUUGACGUGGACUCCACGGUCUGCAGGGAUGAGGCCAUCGAUGAGAUCGCAAAGUUUGCCGGAAAGGAGAAGGAAGUGAUGGAAAUGACCCGGCGUGCAAUGAGAGGCAGUUGUAGUUUCAGAGAGGCUUUGGCCCAACGUCUGGAUCUGAUUCAACCCAACGUCCAAAUGCUUAAGGAGUACCUAAAGACACAUCCGCCGCGACUAACGCCUGGCAUUAAAGAACUGGUCAGUCUAUUACACGCCAGGGAUAUAGACGUGUAUUUGGUUUCCGGGGGUUUCUAUUCGGUGAUCGAACCGGUGGCCAAAGAACUCCACAUUCCCGUCAAGAAUAUCUUCGCCAAUCGAAUCAAAUUCUAUUUCGACGGAAGUUAUGCCGGAUUUGACGAAACGGAACCGACAUCAUCACAAGACGGGAAGGCACAGGUGGUCGCCUAUCUGAAGCACUUGCAGGGCUAUCAGCGGGUGAUAAUGAUUGGCGAUGGAGUCACUGAUCUGGAAGCCUGUCCUCCGGCGGACGCGUUCAUCGGCUUCGGGGGGAAUCAGAUCCGCGAGAGAGUGAAGAAGGAGUCGAAAUGGUUUGUCACCUCAUUCUACGACCUCAUCGAAGAGCUCAACCGGAAUUGACUGACUAUUUAUUUAUAAUCAAAAUAUAUAUGUAUUUUAGACAAUUAUAUUGUUAUAUAAAUUAAAAUAUAUUUCAUUUUGUAGUUAUAUUUUUUAUAUCAAUAUUUGUCGCCAAAACAAAUCAUUUUUCUAUUUUACGUUUCGAUUCAAUACCAC